UUUGACUGCCUGUAUUUUUUUUUCAAAUCGCUUUCUCAAUUAAAUAUGAUUUUGUAAUUUAGUAUAUGCGAUUGUUUUUGCUAGCUACAUUUGUAUCCCAUUCUUAUUGACACCGAUUAGUGAGAAAGUGUUAUUAAUGAACAAUCUACCUGAAGUGUAAAAAUAUAUAAAUAGAUUUAUAUAUACUUGAGGGUUUGCAUGAAUCUAUUUUGCCAUCCUUUAAACUUGUGCAUUGUCUGUCGCGUGCAUGAAUUGUGCGUCCUCAUUGGCCGUCAGCGGGUCGCUCUCCUCAGUGCUGAAAUCGCAGCUGGUCGUGAUCAUGGAAAAAGGCGAUGAGGCCACACGGAGCGUCGGGAAAUAAACAGCAAAAUGGACGAUGAUCUGUUCCAGCUGAGACAGUUGCCUGUCGUCCGCUUCCGUCACACCGGUGAGAGCACGCGCUCGGAGGAUGACGCCGAAAGUCGAGAGCCCUAUGCAGCGGUGUGGGUGGCGGAGCAGAAAGAGAUGGAGUCCGUGGCCCUUGCAGAUGGAGCGCCUGUCCCUCGGGAGUUUGCCAACCCAACUGAUGACACGUUCAUGGUCGAGGAUGCUGUGGAAGCCAUUGGCUUUGGGACCUUCCAGUGGAAGCUCUCCAUCCUCACUGGUUUGUCCUGGAUGGCAGACGCAAUGGAGAUGAUGAUUCUAAGCAUCUUAGCUCCACAGCUUCACUGCGAAUGGAGACUACCAAGUCUGGAGGUGGCACUUCUUACAUCGGCGGUGUUUAUUGGAAUGAUGAUCAGCUCCUCCCUUUGGGGAAACAUAUCUGACAAGUACGGAAGAAAGACGGGUCUGACACUGAGCGUGUUGUGGACGAUGUUCUAUGGUCUGAUGAGUGCUUUUGCUCCCAUCUAUGGUUGGAUCCUCUUCCUCCGCGCUCUGGUGGGCUUUGGCAUCGGCGGAGCCCCGCAAUCGGUCACACUCUAUGCUGAGUUUCUUCCCAUGAAGUCCAGAGCAACUUGUAUAUUGCUAAUUGAGAUAUUCUGGGCACUGGGCACAGUGUUUGAGGUCCUUCUUGCUAUUCUAGUGAUGCCUUCUCUGGGCUGGCGUUGGCUUCUCGGCCUCUCCACCAUCCCCCUUUUCAUCUUUGCCAUCCUGUGUUUUUGGCUACCUGAGAGUGCCCGAUAUGAUGUGUUGACGGGGAAUACAGAAAAAGCUCUGGCUACUUUGAAGCGCAUUGCCAUAGAGAAUGGCAUGCCCAUGCCACUGGGAAAACUCAUUGCUGCCAAACAAGAGGAUCGUGGGAAGAUUCGAGACUUGUUCUCAUCGCAAUUCCGGUGGACAACAGUCCUUCUGUGGUUUAUUUGGUUUGCAAACGCCUUCUCGUAUUACGGCCUUGUGUUGCUCACCACGGAGCUCUUUCAGGAGGGAGGUACAUGUGGAAUGUCCAAAGGUAAUAAGAUGGAGCUCAGAUGCAGCCUGGAGUGUAAAUAUUUGAACAGUGAUGACUACAAAGACCUGUUGUGGACAACUUUAUCAGAAUUCCCAGGACUGUUGGUGACUUUGUGGGCGAUCGAUCGCUUAGGAAGGAGGAAGACCAUGGCCUUGUGUUUCCUUGUCUUCUCUCUGUGCAUCAUUCCGCUCUAUGGUUGUGUGGGGAGAGCGUCCAUGACAGUGCUGAUAUUCAUUGCCAGAGCUUUCAUCGCUGGGGGAUUCCAGGCUGCCUAUGUGUAUACUCCAGAGGUUUAUCCAACUGCAAACAGGGCUUUAGGUUUGGGAACAAGCAGUGGCAUGGCGAGAGUUGGUGCCCUCAUCACACCUUUUGUCGCACAGGUGUUGUUGGAGUCGUCCGUGUAUUUAGCUCUCUCGGUGUACUGCUGCUGCUGUCUGCUCGCCGCCAUCGCCUCUUGCGCGCUGCCGAUUGAGACAACGGGACGAGGCCUGCAGGAGUCCGACCACCGUCAGUGGGGCCAGGAGAUGACGGGCCGGGCCUCCUCCUCCUCACAAACCUCAGGGCCAAUCCCUCAUUCCAGUUCUGGCUCCCAGGGCUGAGCAAUGUUUGAGAUUAUGAGAGUGAAGAGUGAAAGACAAAAAGCUAGAGCAGCUUUUCGCAUGCAUCUCAAGUCUCAUAAACAGUUUAGCCACUAAAAUGACUUCAGAGAGGCAGACAGCACAAAAUGUCAUGUCACUGCACUUAAGAGUCUUCAACCACCAUUGCCAUCCAUUUUGCCACUGUAUACCUUCAACAGAAUGGCUGCAAUGCAUGGCAUUCAGACCUGACAGAAGAAUGGGUGAGGACAAAUGAGAUCUGAGAAAUUCAGAAAAAGCCAUACGGAAGCUGUAGAGCCCAUGAAAAAAAUAAAAAGUUCUCAUCUUGCUGUGCGAUGCAAAUGAAAAGGUUAAACAAGCUAUGGUCGAAGAAUUAUAAAAAUCAUAAACUUCAAAAACAAAAACAAAAAAACUAUUAAUCCACCGAGGAAAUAUCUACUUCAGUACAAUCUCAAUUAUUUUUUUUCAUUCAUUGAACUGCAGAAUGAAGAAAAUAGCCAAAUAAUAAAUUGUUCUGUUUACAUCAUAAUGAUGGUUCCCAAGUGUAAACGUGAACACCAAUUUGUAAAAAUAAAAUUAAAAAAUUAGUAAAGACAAUUUAAGUAGCAAUAUUCAUUUAUGCCAUGACCAUUUUUUGACAAUAUUCAAAUGUGUUGACCCUUUCAUCACAGUAUGUAGUAUGUACUGUGUGUGUUGUCUGCGAUAUUUCUGAAAUAGAACUCCAUAGAACUCGCAUUGCACUGGAAAAUACAUGAAUGGAGAUUCAAGUAUUGGAGAACUGUUUUUUUUUUUUUUUUUUUUAAUUUACUUUCAUCACAUGAUACAAUGCUCAAUCAGCCUGAUUAAAAAGAACAUACUGUAAUUACAAUACUUGUAAUGUGACACUACGUGCUGAUGGGAUCUCAGUGGGUUCUUAACAUCAAACUGCAUCCACAGUAUUUGUUUACUUUAGAUGAAACUCACAGUCGUUUAACCAAAUUUAUACCUCUGUAAAUAAUUCAUCAAAUGUCAUUGUUUCUUUGGAAAGAGGAGAUAUGGAGAGUUAUGGAUUUUCUCACUUAUUGUAUCAACUGUUUAUUUGGAAAAAUAAGCUGCUGGUUAUUACAGUAUUUAAUCAGUAUUAAGAUGUACUGAAUCUUGUCAACACACUUAAUGUAAAUGUACCACAUCA